GCCAAUAAUUGGCGAUUUAGUUACCAUUCCGACGCCAUGAAAGACCAACGCGUAUUGCUUGCAUCACUCUGUUUGACCCUAGCCCUGGGUCUGGUUGUCGCCCUGCCGCAGGGCCGUUUGCUUGGCAGCGAGGAUGCCAAGGUGAACGAGUUUCCCUAUGUGGCAUCGCUGCGUCUCAAUAAGGUGCACGUAUGCCAGGCCACCAUCAUAUCCCAGACCCAAUUGCUGACCGCCGCCCACUGUGUGUCCGACGUAGGCGCCAAGCCCGUUUCGGUCGACCAGCUAACGCUUCGUGUCGGCAGCAUCAACACGCUAGCCGGAGGUGAGCUACUGGACGUCAGCGAAGUGGUCAUUCAUCCCUCGUAUGGCAACUUUAUGCACGAUCUGGCAAUACUGACGCUUAGCAAGCCGUUAACCUUCAGUGAAAAAGUUAACAAAAUUGCGCUGCCUGAGCCACUAGAUGAGAACGAAGUCGAAGAAGUGCCAGCCAAUGGCACGCCCGUCUAUGUGGCUGGUUGGGGCGAGCAGGCGGAUGGCGCCACCACCUACAAGCUUCAGAAGUCCAGCUUGAACACCUUAAGCAAGUCUCAAUGUGAGCUGCAAGCUGGCUAUGGAUACGAUUCCGUGCUGUGCCUGGCCAGGGCUGAAAAGGAGGGCGUCUGCCGCGGCGACGAAGGCGCCGCUAUCGUCGAUGACAACCAAGUGAUGCAAGGCUCAGUCAGUUUCUUCUGGGGCAACUGCGGCACCAAAUUCCCCGACAUAUCUACUCGCAUCGCCUACUAUCUUGACUGGAUUGCAGCCAACGAGAAGUAAACCUAACCUAACUUUUCGUCAAUUCAUUUUAUUUUUUUGAA